CCAUUAUACCAACAUUUAGAAAAUGUAUGUCAGAAAAACGUCAAUUGUAUAAACCAAAACAACUGAUGAUAACAAGAGAAUUAAGUUAUUUAAUGUUAAAAUACUACAUUUAAAGUAAUACUAAUCAUUUAAGGUAGUCACUAUAUAUGCGGUCUUAGUGUAAACUUAUUUAAAAUGGCAAAACAGGAACGAAAAGGCGAGACGGAAGAAUCCAACCGGAUGUGGGCGAGCGCGUCCUUCGUGGGGGUUCUCAUCAUCAUCGGGCUGCCUCUCUGGUGGAAGACCACGGAAGUAUACAGGGUAUCAUUACCGUUCGACAAGAUCAGCUCGUUCGACACGCUGCCGCAUGCGAUCACCACCGAGCUGUCGGUGCUCGCUAAUGACGACGCCACCGCGACCGAGAUCAUUGGCCUCAUUGAACAUGCCUUUAAAGAUUCUGAUGUAAUUAAACUGAAGAUAUCCAAGUCUAUAAUUUCGAAGCAACUCCAGUCGACCUUGGAGUUCGUGGCUGACGAGGCGGAGGCGGUGGAGGAGGUGGGGGUGACCUUCGACCUGACGCAGCACAACAGCUUCUACGUGGUGCAGCGGAAGCCGCUGUUCCAGGACACCUGGCUGGCCGGAGACAGGGUGCUGUUCUUCCGGGAUGCUAAAGCGGCUACAACAGUGGUAGAAACUCUGAAGCGCGUGGUUUACCAGACCGCAGUGCUGGAAGGUGCCAAGUCCGAGACAGCUGACGUGGCCCGCCAGACCAGGUUCCCGCCGGGAGCUGGUUACCAUAUCGUCCUGUCUGUAGUCCAUCCGAACCCUGAAGCGUUGGAUGUGGAGCUGGAUGCCGGAGAGGCAGUUGAAGAUUACAUCGGUUCUUUUGUGGAUGAAUUGAGCGUUCUUCACAAUUUCACUUUAAAAUCACAAUGGCUGCAUCUUCUAGACUUUGAUUUUCAAGCCAAAGAGGUAAAAGACACCUCAGAGUGGGGCCGCCACUUCUCGGUCCGCACGGAGCGGCUGCACCUGCUGCUGACGCGGCUGGAGGAGCGCGCCGCCACGCACGUGUCCGAGCUGCCCACGCUCAACCUGGCGCUGUACGCCGUCAGGUGCCAGGCUGCGCCGCUCAUCAUCUACGAUCUCAAUGAUAAAAAGGUGUCAUCCCCCGUCCAAGCCUUCAUGUCUCCGAAGUGGGGGGGCGUGGUGCUGGGCAGCCCGAGCGCAGGCGACUGCAGACACGAGCGCGCCAUCUGGCGGCCGAACGUUAGGCUCAUCAUGGGCACCUUCAUAUCACAGCUCAGGAAACUGCUGGGGAUCACUGAUGCUGAGCACAUAACCGGCGCCCAUUUGGAGCCGCUCCGCUCGGUGACUCCUCGCCAGUGGGAGAUCGACAACCUGCUGCGGAUCCGGACCCUCGAGCAGCUCACAUCAGCCGAGAGGACGCUGCAGUCCUUGGCGCAAUUACUUGGAGAAAUAUCCAACAUAGUAAUAAACGAUGACGUAGGAGCGUCUAUCAACUCAGCUGUGGACAGCAUCCAGCGAGCGAGCGAGUUGAUGCAGAAGGGAGAUCUAGUGGAGGCCUACAAGAUGUCACAGAGCGCCUUUCUGGCCGCCGAGACCGCAUUCAUGGAGCCCAGUCUGUUGGCACUGCUAUACUUCCCUGAUGACCAGAAAUACGCAAUCUACAUUCCACUAUUCCUGCCAAUAAUGUUCCCCGUAGUGCUAUCCCUGAAGAACUUGCUGCUGUGGUUUAGAGGCAAGCCCAUACACAAGGAGAAGACAGACUGAACUCAACAAAUUAGUAAAAUAUUUACGUUUUCUAAGUUUAUUUGAUGAGAUUAAAGUAUUAUAUCUAAAA